AUGGAGCAGCAAGUCGAGCACAUGUUACUGCAUGCUCACACACUCCCUGCCUGUCACCAGCAACUGGAGUUCAGGUGUAAACAUGGAUCGUGCAUCCCAAAAGAGAAGCUCUGUGACAGACACAAAGACUGUGACGACGGAUCAGAUGAACAGCUCUGUGGUCUGCCAAGGUGUAAGAAGGACGAGUUCUCCUGCUUCAACAGCAGACGCUGCCUACCCUCAAAUUUAUUAUGUAACGGUGUGGAGGACUGUGGCGACGGCAGCGAUGAGGACUCCUGUCCGAGCUGCGCCACUGGCCUCUUUUCCUGUGGGCCGUCAGACGGCUGCUUGCUGAUGCCCCGUCUGUGUGAUGGACACGUGGACUGCAAAGACGGACGGGAUGAGAUCCAAGAGUUUUGCGCUUUGAGUCGAGCCCGUCCACAGAGUGCUCCCUCUUGUUUGCCGUCUGAGUUUGAUUGUGGUGACGGCAAAUGCAUCCUCCACACUUGGAGAUGUGACAACAAAGCAGACUGCCCAGAUGACAGUGAUGAGAACAACUGUGAGCAAAAUGAGUGCCUGGUCAAUAAUGGAGGCUGUUCUCAUCAUUGUGUGGAUACAGCAAUGGGCUUCCACUGUGAAUGUCCUGACCACAUGAGGCUUGUCGGGAAUAGUUACUGCGAAGAGGUGGAUAUUUGCCUGGAGAACGACUUUUGCGACCAGUUGUGCAUUCACUCUAACGACACGCUCGCUUGUGACUGUCUCGACGGCUAUCACAUGAUCCCUAUGAGUAGAGACUGCAAAGCCAAAGGGGUAGAUGCCCAGCUUCUUGUGUCCACAUCUCAAGGAGUUGUUCAACUGGUUCUAAGUGGUGCAGCAUCCAGGAUGUUGGCAGUACACAGAUCAGGACCUGGGCCUUUGGCAGCCUUGGCUUCUAACAACACACUGUACAUGGCCCACCAAAGACAAGGGUCCAUUUACAGGGUCCACUUAAGUGGAAAGGCCCAGCAUGCCACAUUGCUCAUGCAUGUUCCCAGUCCGGUCUCAGGGCUGACUGUGGACUGGAUUCACCAUCUUCUCUACUGGACCAGUUUGGAGAGUGAUUCCAUUAAUGUCAGCUUGCUUGAUGGCUCCACACAGCGCCAACUCAUCACAGGACUGGACACGCCUUGUGCACUCACAGUGGACCCUCUACAUGGACUGCUCUUCUGGGCCCAGUGUGGAAGCUUGCCAAAGAUUGAGAGGGCAAAUUUAGGUGGCCAGGACACAAUGACUUUGGUCAGUUCUCUACUACAGAACCCAGUGGCUCUUACUUUGGAUAUGCCUCGUCAGUUGCUGUACUGGCUUGACAGGGGCAUGAGAAGCAUCUCCAGAGUGACUCUAGAUGGGCAUCAUCGUAAAACGGUGGUUGAGUCAAAUGGCUAUUUGGAUCAGCCUUUUGACCUGGCGGUGUUUGAGGGUUUUGUGUACUGGAGUGACCAAGACACACAUUCGGUCUGCAGAGCCAAUAAGCACAGUGGCAGUGAUUUUCAACUACUUUUGACAAAUGUCUCCUCAGCAGCCGGCAUUGCCAUCAUUCAGCCUGCUCUUCAACCUAACAGUAACGCACCGUGCGGCAAGCCUGGGAGAGUGUGCAAGCACGACUGCAUUGUUGAUCUCCUUUCAGAGACUCUCAGCUUUAGUUGCGUUGGAAAGGGGAACAAUCCGUCCCAAGGCAUACCUGCUAUUUCACGCACCAUUCCUGCUUCCCGUUUAUCUGAUCUUGAAUUUACGGGAAUCCUCUCUGUUAUUGUGUUUCUCAGUGUGCUGCUGGUGGGGACAUUUCUGUGGUGGUGGAGAGUGGGGUUCAGGCCUGCAAGGAAUCUGACAGAGCAAAGCUUCUCCCUCAAAGAGUCCCAGGAUCCCCUCAUUCAUGGUCCACGUGAAUGUCUCAGCAAGGAAACUCUUAAGCUGGACUUGGACAGUGAAUGA